UGGGACCUGGAUAUUGGCAUACCGGUGACAAUGGCAAUUUGUUCUGCUCUUUUGAUUUGAAAUUAAGUAGGGAGAUACGGUUCGGUUCCCAGACUUACGACACGAUUUUCGCAUGCGCUUCCGGAUACAUAUACUUCGGACCACGGUAUCCCGACCCGUUCUUCCCGCACGCAACCUCAUCCGACUUGAACGAAAAGGCACGAAUGAUUCCUUUCAUGCACGAAGUACGAAUGGACUGGGACGAAAACCGCUACGACAACCAUUUGUUUUUCCGAGAGCUGAGUAGUGGAGAUCUGCAAAUCAUGGCGGGAAUUGUAACGGAACACGCUGAUCUCAAAAAGAGAUUUGAGCCGGACUGGGGUUUCGUUGUCACCUGGGACGAAAUUGAAGACCAAUGCAACAGUUUUGCUGGUGCCAGGAAUAGUUUCCAGGCCGCAGUUGCGUGUGAUGGAGCCAAAACGGAUAAAAACGUCGAGGACGAUGAUUGCUACGUGAUGUAUGACUUCUACAGGACUGAAGAUGUUGAUAGGAGUGAAUGCAACUGGGGCAUGUUUUGGUUUGCAGAUGGAGAGAACUUCGCGCGAAGUGGCUUCAAAGAUGGGCAGAAUGUUCUGCUGGAACUUCCGCUCUCAGGAACAAUUGAAGUGCGAAACCUGUUUGCGAUUUCAAACAUCGAUGUCCCGGGAGUCUGGCUGUUCAAGAUUGGUCAGAAUGGCAGGGAUCCCGCGGUGUCCUCAGUGAACCCUUUCGACAUCGCCAACCUCUUGAUCCGAGAAGUUUGUCACGGGGAGGUGUCGCCGAAAAGGAUUUCGAAUCGAGGCAAUGGUACCUUUGUGACGAUACCUUCUUGCAGCUUGCCGGCGCACGACAAAGUCGAGCUGAUUUUCAGAGGAACGUUUGAGAAGGUAAUGAAUGCCACGUAUGUGGGGGAAUCAGUCACGUCGAAGUUUCCAACAGGGUGGGAAGUUAAUGAACAGAUCCAGGUGUUCUUAAGAGUGGACGACAAGACUCUACUGGGUUCCAAAACUCUGUUUCUCUACUCUCCGAUACAAACUUUGAGGGCGAAUGACAGUUUGAGAGUUUCUGCCAGCCCGAGUGGCUCUUCAAUUGUGGUCAACCUGCAAAUUGACAGCUCUUUCAGCGAAGACACAGACUUGAUGAUUGUUCGGACAUCUGAUGCAGGAGAGAGUGGGUUUGAACUUGAGACUCAGUCAACUGUUUGGCCAUCGGGAUCUACAACUCUGGGCCAUACCAUCAACAGCGCCGGAAUCUUCACUUUCUUCACACUGGUUUCCCAAAAUGGAACUACUGUGUAUAAUUCACUCAUCGUAGCUGGGUCAUCAUCUCAAAGCUGUUCUGAAUGGGACCAGGAACAAUCAGCCCGAGAUGUGUCACGAUGUCUGGUGGAUGUCGGACGAUGGUACGGAUGUCCCCAGCGAACUUGGUCUUGGUGGCGUCUGGGAAACUGGACUGACGCCGACUUCGCCCACGAGGAAGUGCGACUGGGUAUCUCCGGUUGGCAAUACGACAUCUGCUGUAACGAUCGUAACCCGUCAGUCCGCGACUACCUGGAUGCCAUUGGGUACUGCAGCAACCUCACUUGCGAGUUCAACCCGGGCGCGAACCUUUGCAUCAGAUCACCAAAAGUGUCAUGCUAUGACGGCGUGUCGAGAGACCUUCAUUCGGUCUCAAACCAAUGCUGUUACAACUCUACCGGAGACUUGAUUCUUCCGGGAGAAAGUGGAGCCGGAAGUCUGGACUACCAGGUCAACUCAAUUCCAAACAUGGCCAGUCAUUUGUGGUCUGAACUUGACCCAUAUGAGAAAUGCUGUAUAGAUACUAACAACUGUGAUUUGUACUAUAAACACAGACCAACUGUCAUCGGUUCUUACUGGCCUCGGAACAUUCUGAUCGGUCGGGGAGAUCCGGACAUCCAAACUGUGGAUGGUCUAAGCUACCCCUUCAUGGGUCUAGGUGUUUUCACUAUGUUGAAGAGUGACCUCAGAGUUCCGACUACUUUUCAAGUCAGUACUCGGCGGGUCGGAAACGGAACAGUUUUUUCGGGCUUCGUUAUUACCCACAAUGAUAAUAAACUCGAGUGCGCAAUUUAUGAAAAUGCGACGUUCGAAUCGGCCGUUAAUGGCGAGAAACUGGAUUUCGGGGAUGUUGUGAAGGAAUACACGUUGAGUAACAUUUCAGUGAAGGAAAGCGAUGACUUGAAAACGUUCACCUUUGAGUUUGUUCAAACCGGUUUGGUAGUCAGGGUGGUGAUAAGUCAAGAUUUCCUGAAUCUGAUGAUCUCUGUUCCUCCAACUUUCAAGCACAAAAUCAAUGGGCUCAUGGGAUACUAUGACGGUAACACGACUAAUGACUUCACUGCUGCAAAUGGAACAGUGUAUGCGAACGACACCGACCACGCCACUCUGCACUAUGGGUUUGGGGAGUCUUACAGAGUGGCGAAGGACGACUGGCUGUUCGCGUCACCGGAAAUAAUCGGAAUGGUAGAGUCGGACAUCGCAAACGGAGAGCCAUUCACCCCAGUGUACGAGGCCACGUUCGAAAGCGAAGAGCAACGGCAGGCUGUCAUGGAGGCGUGCAAGAACGACAAUGCGUGUAUUCUGGACGUGGCGCUGACAGGCAACAUGAGUUUCGCUGUCGUGUUCGCCGAACUGGAGUCGGAAAUUGAGGAGGCGUCGCAAGCGAGCGAACUGUUCCGAGAGAGCGAACCCGAAUGGGCGAAUUGGGAGGAGGAGGCGCUGGAGGAGUGGGGGCACUCGGGUGGGGAGAAAAUAGUGGGCAAAUUGUCAAUGGUCAUCAUGGCAUUAUUUGCAACCCUUUGCUUGGCCAUUCAUUGAAUGCACGGCACUACAUGACUGCAUUAGAAGCGAAAUUAAUAAAAAUCAUCGAUUGAGCUGGAUGGAAUUGAACUCAUAAUAAGUGAUUGAGACAAUUUGACUGUAAUAUCGUGAAUCUUUGCCACAGUUGAAUACUUAAGAAACAAAGGUGUCAAUAUCAGUUGUUUUUCGAUGAAUCUAUCAAACAUUAUUACUCAAAGUGUUUUUGCAGUAUAUACUUUCAAAAGG